AAAAUUUCGCCACCAGGACGUAGAAUUUCGCCACCAGGACGUCGAUUUUCGCCACAACGUCAAAUCCAUUCAUCUGGGCGCCAAAUGUCUCCAACUGGACGCCAAAACUUGCAACAUGGUGGUCAAAACCAACCCGGACGUAGAUUUUCACCUCCUAGUCGUCCAGUUUCACCAUCCGGUCGUCAUUUUGCCCAAUCUGACCGCCAAAAUUUCCACCCUGGAAGUAAAAUUUCGCUGUCAGGUAGAAGAAAUUCGCCUCCGGCGCGUCAAAUGGCGCCUACAGGUCGUCCAGUUUCGCCAUCAGGUCGAAGGAUGUCACCAUCGGGACGAAGAUUUUCCCCAUCCGGUCGUCGAAAUUCGCCACCGGGACGUCGAAUUUCACCAGGACGCCAAUUUUCUCCUUCAAGUCGAAGAAUCUCACCACAUGGGCAAAGAAUAUCCCCUUCGGGCCGUAGAAUGUCACCCAUGGGACGUAAACAUUCACCUUCUGGAAGGAGAAUUACACCUGAACGAUCGUUUUUACCACCUGGACGUAGAGUUUCUCCAGGCCCAGGAGUUAUACCUUCCGGUCGUAGGAUUUCUCCAAGUGGACGAAGAAUGUCUCCAGGGAACAGAACAUUGCCAGAAAGGAGAGUUUCACCCGGACAUAGGAUCGCACCAAUGAAUAAAGGUACUCUAGAUGACAGACAUAUGCAACAGAGAAUGUCACCCGGCAAGCCAGGAAUGAUGAGGAAUAUGUCACCUGGCAGACAUAGUUCUCCCAACCGAAGGCCCCCAUCUAGAUCAUUUGAUAGGUACUCGCCGUCACGCAAGCCAAUGGACAACAUACGAACAGGUCCUAAAGAAGUGAGACCUGCAUACGCCUCCAUGACUCAGGCACAAAGUCAACCUAUGUACUCAGGUGGCUACACUCCCGAGAGCCGGGAAACUGAACAAUAUCCACCAGGUCAUCGUAAAGGAGAUCAACGUCCCAAUUGGCAAGAAAGAGAAAAACCGUAUCAGCCUCCAGUGAAGCCAGUUGAAGACAGGCGAGAUUUACCUGGAGUGCCGAAGUAUGAGGCGCGAAGGGGAGGGGACUAUCCAAGGCCGGUAUUAAGUCAGCCCGAAAGCAAGGCCACGUCACCGGGUCGAAUGUCACGUUCUCCGAAUCGAAGAGACCGCUCUCCUGUUAGGGAUCGGUAUAGGAGACAUUCUCCGUCACCAAGAUCUCCACGUCGCUCGUGGGCUUUGGAGAAACGUCGCAGUCCCAAUGACAUUGAGCCACCACCUCCACCCUCUUGGCCUGACCGUCAAGAAAACGUAUACAAAUCAAAUCGUCAACACGAUGAAGAGGACAAGAAACCUGUCUGGAUAAAAAUUGAAGCCCGUCAAAAACAAGAAGUGAAACCAACAUUCUUCCACAAAGAAGAUCGUCGUAGUUACGAUCGUGAUGACAAAAAAUAUUUUAGUAACCCGUCUCGUUCACAGUGGGACUCGCAUCAUCAACCUCAGCUAAGUGAUGAGUUUCGUGAUCGAUCACCCCUUCGUCCGAGAUCGUCUGAUAAGUACUCACCCAAUCAAAAUGAAUCGAAAUCACCUCGCGAAGAUUUUCCAAUAAAUCGUCGGAAUGAAUUUCAACAACAAAGUCCUCGAUAUCAAGAACCACGAGUAGAGCAAUUUCAGAACAGAGAAAAGAUCAAGGAAGAUUUUGAUGAAUUUCGCCAUAAAAGAGAUGAUUACCAUCAGAGCUUCAAUAGCAGAGAAGAAAAUUUGUACUUGGGACAAGAAAAUUUAGAUAAAGAAAUAGAAGAUGUUUACAGUAGAGCCGCUGAACUUACAAGAAAAACUGAUGAAUAUCAAAGAAAGAGAAACUCAAAUAUAAGAUUUAAUGUUCGUCAAUAUAGUCCUGAAGAGGUUGAUUUUAAAAACGUUAAAGAGGAGUCUUUUAAGCAAGAUUUUUACGAAGCUUCUCACUCUAAGUUUGAUAAAACCCCAAGGCAGAUGGGUGAAGUGGUUAGUGGUGAUUUAGCCCCGGCAAUUCAAUAUAAAAGAGAUAAGGCAGUUGAUGAUCUAUCGAGAAAAGUUUUAAUGAAAUUUGCUCAAAAAUUCAAAGGGAAACUAAGACAUGAUGUCGAAGAACAACUCAAGAUUUUAAUAGAGGACAUGAUUUUUGAAAUGUUUGGGGACAAAGACGUGUCAUUUAUAGAAAUCGUCAUAAAGUUCGAAGAAAAACACGGCAUAAAGGGUAUGGAGAAGAUAUUUGAUAAAGUUAUAUCCAAGUUUCCGAUCGAAAUCAGGCUGUUGAAGCAGCAGCCUGCACCAGACCUGUCGACAAGUCCUGUCACAAUUUCAAGAAGUGGUUCUUCCCUCAGUAUGAGAGAUAAUGAACUACCCGCGGAAUCGAACAGAGCAAAAGUAUUUAAACCAAGGUUUCGAGAAGGACCGAUGAGAAAUCCUAUCGCGAUGAAGAGGACUAUGUCAAUGUAUAAGUGGGAAGCACCUAAACGCCCAAUGUAUGAGCCGGCUGUAACCAAGGCACCGACUAAAAAAGUCCUUCCAGUGAAGAAAAACGCUCCGAUAAAAGAUGUAAAAAAAGUGCUUCCAAACAAUGAUAGCGGAGCAAACAUUGCAGGAAAGCCGGUGUUAAACAAAGAAAUAAAUAAAAAAUCAACAGAAGCGAAGCUAGUAGAAAAAGAAUCAGUUAAUAAAGCACCGGAGCAGUCCGAGACAGAAGUUUCAAAUAUUCCUUCAACAUCGAAGGAAGCAGAAGAAGCGGUAGUUAAAGUACAGAAAGACAAUGCCGAGGAUAAACCUUCGCAAGAACAUCAAGAGCUCAGUCCUCUGUUGUCUAGCGCGUUGAAUUCUGAACUCGAAGAUAUUAUGAUUAAGGUGUGGCAAGAACUCCCGGACGAGCCUUUAAGUUUGGCAGAAGAGCAUGUCAUUGAGAAGAUUCGUAAUGAGGCUGGAGAUGAUUUGAGAAACCUUAUUGGAUUAAACAUUACCAAGAGAUUGUUGGAUAUUAACAGCAGUUUAUAUGCAAAGUUAAUCUUCAAAAUGCGUCCUGAAAAAGGCGCUUUGGUGGACUUUAUUAAGAAAUACAAUUUGAAAACAUUCAAACGUAUAAGCGAUAUUUCCCCGAUUUUCGCUGCACAAUUCAGCAAUUACGAAGAUUAUGAUCGCGCUUGUAAUGAUGGUGUUGUUUAUUGUGGUGAUGUUAGAGUGAAUGUGAAAGCAUGCUACAAUUUCAGAACAUGUCCGCCGAAUUUGAAAACCUCCUUCUCACAACACGAUAAAAAUACAACAAACAAUGAUAGUGGAGAAAAUAGUAAUAUAAUAGUAGCAAAUAAGGCUUCUAAAGAAAUAGUACUUGAAAAAGUACAAGAAAGCGAUGAAAUACAAGAUAAAAGCAAUGAGAUACAAGAUAAAAGCAAUGAAAUACAAAAUAAAAGCAAUGAGAUACAAGAUGAAAGCAAUGAAAUACAAGAUAAAAGCAAUGAAAAUAACACAUCUACUAAUGUUUCUGAUAUAACUGAAGCUACUAACGAUACAGAAAACGUCACAAAUGUUGAAACCAAAAUAGAAACGUCUGCUGGAAUCGAAGUUGAAACUGAACCAACACAAGAUAAGGAAGAACAUGAAAUUAUUGACCAAGUUAAUGAAGACGAAAUGAAUAAUUUACAAACGGAAAAUUCCGAAGUACAAGAUACACAAACGAAUGUUAACCAACAAAAAGAUGUCGAAGUAAAUACAGGACCAACAGAAGAUAAUGAAGGGAAUGAAAAUGUUGAAGUGAAAAAUGACGAAAAAACAUCAAAAGAAACAGUUAAUGAACACUUAGCAAUUGAAGACAAAGAUGUUCUUUCGAUAAUUUCUGAAGGGAUCGUUUUAGACGAGUGUGGUAGCUCAGAUAUAGAAUGAUUUCAUUAAAAACUCUUGUAAUAUUUGUUUUACUGUAAACAUUGUAUUAUCAAUGGUGGAUCCAGGGGGGUGGGGUGUCAAGAGCUUGACAAAAUGUAUUUACAUAUUUUGUCAAGCUUUUGACUUGACCACGACUAUGACUAUGAUGACUAUGUGAACCCCUGGCGCCAAAGCUGGAUCCGCCCUUGUGUAUUAUACACAUGCUUGAAUACAAUUUGGUUAAUGUAAA